GUCAAACAGAUCGCGAUCGCGGCUUCAAGAACCUCAUCUGCUUCAUCUCCGGCAUCCCAGGCAUCCCCAGCGUCCAACGUCGUCUGCUUCGUCAAGUUCAAAAUCGCUUUCUUCUGUUUCCUGUUCGCGAGUUUUUCUCGCAUCAAUUGCCCGAAUUUCUCUUAUCAUGUCUUCCCCUGUCCUCCUCAUCCCCCGCUACCGUCCCCAACUAUCAAGAGCAUCAUUAUCUCCCCCUUCCCGUGACCCUUGAAUAGCGUCGCCCGUUCUGAUCGCGCGAUGUUUUUCUUGUGUGCGAUGGCCUGGCCGUUCUAAGAGAUUGCCGGGCUUUGCUUGCUCUGUACUCGAUUCGUGAUCACUAUUACCUCCUCCCUCCUCAAACGCGUCUAUAAAGCCGGCCUCCAGCUAACCUACGGCUGUCACCUGUUCAGAAUACAAUAGGAUCCAAGUCCUCAAAAAGUACGGGUUUUACGUUGCCCAUCUAUCCAGAUUUGCCAUCUCAGUGUGAUACGCCGAAGAAUUAGCCCCAACGAACUAUGUCCGACCAGCAAAUGAAUCCCACAGACGGAACGACGGGCUCCAAUAAGCGAAAGCGUGAAAUUAUGGACGCUGGCGACGGACAGCGUAUGACACGCUCUGCCCAUGGGCAAAGCUCCAACGGGAAUCUCCAUGGAUACGACACCCAUGGCCUGCCCGCCAACACAACUGAGCUCAGCCAAAUCGAUCAACAGCUCUUACAGCAUGUAGGAAAUCAGAAUGGGGUGUCUGACGACAACGCCAUGACAGCCAAGGCUGCUUUGGCCGCACACAGCCCACAGUCCAAAUACCCUCCGCCAGAUCCAAGCUUCGAGAACAACGCCGCGAUGGCCCACGGUCUCACGUUCCCCGAGGAUGUUAACCAAGUUCCCAUGACCAACGUGCAUGGCCACUCGACCGCUGCCGCCGUCUAUGCGGCGCGCGAGGCUCAGAAUAUCAACCCAAAACCAACGGUCGGGUCUGCAGAGUGGCAUACCAUUCGCAAAAAUAACCAUAAAGAGGUCGAACGCCGCCGCCGCGAAGCAAUCAACGAAGGCAUCAACGAGAUCGCCAAGAUGGUCCCCGGUUGCGAGAAAGCCAAGGGCUCCAUCCUGCAGCGCGCCAUCCAUUACAUCAACAAACUGCAAGAUGAGGCCAAAGACAUGGCUGCGCGCUGGGACACGGCCAACAUGACUACCAACCACGCGCUGGCGGAGAUCAGCGCGCAGAACACGAAGCUGAAGAGCGAGGUAAAUCGGCGCAGCGAAGUGGCGAGGAAAUGGAUUCAGCGGUGUAGAGAUGCCGGGCUGGAGUUUGGUGAUUACGAGGACGAUGAGAAGGAUCUGGGGUUGUUGGAUGUUGAUGGGGGUGGGGAGCAGCAGCAGCAGCAACAGCAGGUGCAGCAGGUCGGACAAGUGGGGAUUGGGCAGGAGUAG